CUUCGAGGUCGCCCCCGUCCGCGUCAGUUAAAGAAUCCCAGACUUUCUGCACCUGCUCUCCACCGAGCCCCUCGGUGCAUAACUGGAUCACCAGGCCCUCCCGGUUCGCGCCGCUAGUGUCUUACUGGCCGCUAGCGCGAUGCUUUUUGUUAAAGCUGGCAUUGGCGUGUUUUGGCGUGUUACCGCUGUAAUUUGCAACGCGUGGCGCGCACAGGUGCUCCAAAAGACGCUUUGCUUGCAUUCUUGAGAGCAGUGCGGCCAAGCUAGCCCCAAAAAACCUGCAUAGCCAAAACACCUCAGCCCACAAUUUGAGCAAUGGCGCACAAAUGGCUGCUGCUCCUCGUCAGCUCAUGCACUGCAUUCACCGCACCACGCCGUCACGCGGCAUUGGAGCGCCACGCGGCGCUGCACCGCCUCGGAGCGACGUCGACGACGACGACCGAGAUGUUCGACAGCGCCGAGGCGAUACUACAAAGGGAAGCCACCUUAAAAAUAGGCAACGUGCGCUUCACGCGCGUCCUCGACGCCGACGACGAUGUAGAAAGGGAGCCGCUGCUCUACGUCCCGGGCAUCGAAUUUAGAGGUAUCUCCGUCGCGGCGCAGCUCCCGAACUUAAUUGAGAAUGCCUACGACCCGUGGUACUGCUGGGUCGACGGGGAGGAUCGGAGUUCGUUUGAUGAAGUGGUGGAAGCGGUGUCACAAUUCGUGCGAGACAAGGGCGGUAUCCUGGCGGGCGAGUCGAUGGGCGGACUCAUCGCCACCGCGGCCGCGCUGAAGCUGAGCGACUCCAGACAAAUAGACAAACUAAGAGGCGUCGUACUAGUCAACCCGGCCACCUCUUAUGAUAGGACGCCCUGGCCCCUCGGCGGUAGAUUAGUGUCCUCGGCAGAAGGCGUCGCCUACGCGGGCGCGAUCGGCGCCGCCGUCGGUUUACUAGCGUCGGACGGGUCCAUGGUCUCGAAGUCUCUGCAAGAGUUCUCGACGCUCGAUUUCUCGGGACUAGAAAGAGCUGUCAAUGGCGCCCAGGCUUUGGCUGACUUGGUCCCUCCGGAAACGCUGAAGCAUCGAGUAGAAAAUUGGCUCGAUGGUGGUUGUGCCAAGACGAAUGAAAGGUUGUGGCGCCUCAGAAGAAAGGGGCGCUCGACCAAGUUCUUGGUCAUCUGUGGGGAAGAUGAUCGGUUUCUACCAUCCAAGGACGAAGCGCAACGACUGAAGAAGGAACUCGAUGCGGAAGCCAUCACCUUGCGGGGCGGCGGCCACGCGGUCCUUGUAGACCCGCAGCGCCUCGACUUCGGUCAGUGUUUGAGAAGCUCCAAAGCACUCUAUGGGGCCGAGAUCCGCGCGCGCAAGCUUAAGAAAGCGCAAAGAGCAGUCGACGACUUCGUGAGGCCCAACGCGACGCAGAUCAAAGAAACGCGCGACAGCGUCGUGGACCCCUUGAGGCGGCUCGUGUCGCCGAAGUUCUUCUCGACCGUUGAAGGGAGAGUGGUCGAAGGGUUACGAGGCGUGCCCUCGCCCCAACAGGGACGACCGGUCCUGCUCGUGGGCAACCACCAGUUGUUUGGUGCUGAUCUCUCCAUACUGGUGGACGAAUUUUUGCGGGACCGCGACCUACUCAUAAGGGGAUUGGCGCACCCGGUGGCGACGAACGCGCCUUCCCUAAUAGACGGUAACCAACAACAGGGGCCGCGGCCGUCGCCCAAUUGGUGGAACGACGGGAGACGCCGCGACUCGUUUACGGGCCAGGGCAACGAGCUGUGUGGAAAUCAAAUUUCGGGCGCCCCACGCCAUCGACGCAACUUCGUCCCUGUAAGUGCAUCAGCUCGAUGGCGUGGAGUUUUUAGGCCAUGGACGCGAGUUAGUCGCGGUGACUGCGUCGGUUCGAUGGCAAUACCUAACUCACUGGUUGAUUUACACACAGGCGACGAGUCCUUCUUCCAGAAGUUCGGGGCCGUGGAAGUGACGCCGCGGAAUUUCAUACGCUUACUGCAGCGCGACGAGUGCGUGUUGUUGUUCCCGGGCGGUGUCAGAGAAUCAAAUCAUGGCAAGGGUGAGAACAACAAGUUGUUCUGGCCCGAGGAGACGGACUUCGUGCGGGCGGCGGCCAAGUUUGACGCGCUGAUCGUGCCCUUUGGGGCGGUGGGCGCGGCGGACUCCGUGACCUUUCUGCGCGACAAAACCGGCGAGCAGCCGAACAUUCCGUCGGCGCGGCGCUGGGCGAACCGCACGGAGGACUUCCGCUUUCCGCUGGCCGUGCCCACGAACCCGCGGCGGUUUUAUUUUCGCUUCGGCGAGCCGAUUUCUACCAGUGACGUGGACGCGUCGGACCGGGACGCAUGUUCACAAAUCUAUGCGCAGUCCCGGAGCUCCGUGGAGUCGUGUAUAGCGUGGCUGGUCGAGGAGCGCAAGCGCGACGCGUUCGACUCGCCUCUGGUCAGACUGCCCUUCGAGGCCGCGGGUCGAGGGGCGCAGGCGCCGACGUUUACUCUGUGAUACUAAGUUGAUGUGGUUUUCAA